AGUGCAUCAUGAGGGCCGCACUUUUGCUACGUACCCCUCUGAUCCCCCCUCUUAAGGCUGGGGCGGCAGCUGAGGGAGAUUAGAGAGGACGAGGACGGCGGUGGACAACAACACCAGCAGCCUGGAGAAAUCUGCUUCAAUCUGGAGUCACUUUUGGGAUCUUAAGCAACCUUUUAUUGGAUGUGCACGGUUUUUGAGCUCAGGUACCACUUGAUGAACCGUGUCUAGGCUUUUUAACGCCUCUCGUCUUCACUAAUUUGGCCAUGAGUUGCUUCGGGUACCGCCGAGAGCUGAGCAAGUAUGAAGAUGUGGACGAGGACGAGCUUUUAGCCUCGCUCAGCCCAGAAGAGCUGGCUGAGCUGGAGAAAGAGCUUGCGGACAUUGACCCCGAUGCCAACGUGCCCAUAGGACUCCGACAGAGGGACCAGACGGACAAGACCCCGACUGGCACCUUUAGUCGAGAAGCCCUCAUGAAAUACUGGGAGAACGAGACGCGGAAAAUCCUAGAAAAUGAGAUCGGUGGAGAAAUUCCUAAAGGGGAAGAAGAGGAUGAGAGUGUAACAGACAGAAACAGCGCGUCAGAGGACGAAAAAGACGCCGAAAGUGAGAAAGAGCAGAGAAAGCUAAUGCAGGAAGAAGAGGAGGAAGAAGAAGAGGAAGAGGACGAGAGCGAGGAGGACGAGGAAGAAGAGGAGGUCGUCACCGAGGAGGACGACGAAGAAGAGGAGCAAGCAGUCCCAGACAUGGAGCCUCCCAUGCUGCUCAAGCCACAGAGGGUGGAACCUGUGAGACUAACUCCUCCCCCUCCACCUGCGGACCCCAACAGCAAUCCCACUGUUGUCGACGAGGCCCUGCAGCGAGUGCUUAGCAACGACCCUGAACUCACAGAGGUCAAUUUGAAUAACAUUGAAGACAUCUCGCAGGACACUCUUAUAAGAUUCGCGGAGGCCCUGAGGUCCAACACUCAUGUGCGACUCUUCAGCCUCGCCAACACCCGAGCAGACGAUCCGGUGGCUCUGGCCAUCGCUAAGAUGCUGCGAGAGAACUCGUCCGUCGUCAGCCUCAACAUCGAGUCCAACUACGUGAGCGGGAAGGGCGUGAUGGCGCUGGUUCAAGCUCUGCCGGCAAACAAUACUCUGACGGAGCUGCGAUUCCACAACCAGAGGCACAUGUGUGGAGGACAGGUAGAGAUGGAAAUGGUGAAAAUACUGCGGGAAAACUACACCUUGAUCAAACUGGGCUACCAGUUUAACCUGCCUGGACCCAGGAUGAGCAUGACAGGCAUUCUUACCAGGAACCAGGACCGCCAAAGGCAGAAACGAAUGCAGGAGCAGAGACAGCAACCGGAAGGAGCCAUCAACCCUCGCACCAGCGCACUGAGAAGAACACCCUGCAGCUCACCAAGAUCCUCACCUUGGUCCUCACCCAAAAUGGGUAAGAAGCAAACUCCACCUGCGCCACCUCCACCUCCACCUCCACCACCGCCACCCCCAACACCACCCCCUCCCCCCCGCCAGGAAAAGAAGAAGCCCACAAGGACGAUUGCAGAGGUGAUCAAAUGCCAUGAAGCGGGCAGUAGGAAGACCAAGAGCAAAGGGAAGAAGGGCAAGAAGGGCAAAGCGGGAAAAGACGAGACCACCUCCAUUCUCAAGGAGCUGAAGAACGCACUCAGACCUGUGUCGGUGGAGAGGCGCGGGGGGGAGGAGGGCAGCAGGCCAUCCACGCCCAUGAGGUCGGCCCACGACCAGCUGAUGGACUCCAUACGGAACAGCAGCAUCCGCGGCCUGAGGAAGGUGGAACUACCUUCACAUCUACUAUAAUACAGAAGAGGAAAUAAUUAAUGUUGCCACAGUUACUGGAAUCGGAGAGGAAGACCUACGUGGCCAAAAACAAAACACAUGUUGGAAUUACUGCAAUAUAAUUUUUUUAGAUUUGUUUACUGGUCGUUAUUUCCAUUUAUUUCUCAUAAACUUGUAAAUAUGCCAUGCUUUUUGUCUAAAUAUAAACUUUUUUGUGAGCGUUUUUUGUCUAUUUUUUAACAGUCAGUUAAUUCAUGCGUGUUCUAUUCGGGUAGCAAGUGACAGCCCAGAAUAACUAAAUGCAGAUAUGUGCUUGACAUCACUGGCAGCAGGAAGUGAGCACUCACUUUGUUUUGUGAUAUGAUGGGAAGAUGAAGGGCUUACAGAAAGAAACAGAUGGGAUGCUCAGACCUGACAGAUACAAGACUUUAUAAAAAGAAGCUGUGAACAUGCACCAGUUAUGUCUAAAUUUCCAAUUAUCAAUGUCAAUUUCUUCCUUUUACUUAAAAAGCGAGUACAACCAGUAAUGUGCUACUUAGUAGGAUAUAACACAGAGACGGAAUGUGAUGAGAAUAACACUUCCUAGAGCAAUUUGUCAUGAUCUCUCCAAGUGCCAAUAAGGGGAACCCUUUCAAUGACUCCUGCUAUAAACCCUCAUUUCCUGCUUCCUUGUAAAUGUGCCCCCUCAUGUAAAAUGCAAAGAAAAAUCUAAACCCAAUCCCUCGAGAUACAAUGAAACUGUUAAUGGUGCAAGAUGUGCAAUAUCUGCAUGAUGAAGACGAAGUGGAAUGGGAUAAUGCAUGCAUCCAUACUAAUCAUGAUGAUGUUUUUCAAAGACAUGUAUGUUGUUGUCAUGGAAAGUGACAUACCUGCUGUAAUCCCUCUUAGACGGUCCACAGUUCAGGGUCAUUACAGCUAAAAAUAAAAUGGUCAUGCUUUGA